AUGAUUCCACCAGGAGAGUGUAUGUAUGCUGGGAGGAAAAGAAGAAAACCUAUUCAGAAACAAAGGCCGGCUGUGGGGAAUGAAAAGUCCAAUCCUUCCAAGAGGCACCGAGAUCGUUUGAAUGCCGAGCUGGAUCAUCUCGCCAGUCUGCUGCCUUUUCCACCUGACAUCAUUUCCAAACUGGACAAACUUUCGGUCUUACGUCUCAGCGUCAGCUAUCUCAGGGUGAAAAGCUUCUUUCAAGCUAUUCAGGAGCAACACUUUAGGACACAAGGUAACCACGCGGUGAAAGAAGACCACCUGCCCACUGGAAUUGCCAUGCCAGAAGGGGGACUGUUGCUAGAAUCUCUUAAUGGAUUCGCUCUGGUGGUGAGUGCAGAAGGAAUGAUAUUUUAUGCAUCAUCGACGAUUGUGGACUACCUGGGCUUUCAUCAGACUGAUGUAAUGCACCAAAACAUAUAUGAUUACAUUCAUGUGGACGACCGCCAAGAUUUCUGCAGACAGCUUCACUGGGCCAUGAAUCCUCCCCAGAUGGUGUUUGGGCAGCCAUUACAGUCAGAAACAGGAGAGGAAUACAUACUUGAUAAGCUGCUUAAAGCACAAGAGCGUGACAGCAUGUCAACGGAAUACUCUGCCUUCCUAACCCGCUGUUUCAUCUGCCGAGUCCGCUGCCUGCUGGACAGCACUUCUGGUUUCCUGACAAUGCAGUUUCAAGGAAAGCUCAAGUUUCUAUUUGGACAAAAGAAAAAGACGCCAUCAGGAACACUCCUGCCUCCGCAGCUUUCGUUGUUUUGUGUGGUGGUACCAAUCCUCCUCCCUUCUGUGACAGAAAUGAAAAUGAAAAAUGUGCUUCUGAGAGCCAAGCAGAAAGCUGAUGUGGCAGCCUCCACGGACACCAAAGCAAAAACUACUGCAGGUCUAUGUGAAUCUGAACUACAAGGAAGGGCACAUUUCCAAGGAGUAAAGAAUAAUGGAGAAAGUGGUGUUUCUGUUUUCAAAGUACAAGCAAAUGACGAUCAUUGGGUCUGGGUACAAGCCAACGCUCAACUCCUUUACAGGAAUGGUUGUUCUGACUAUCUUCUAAACCCGCAGACGGUGGCAAACAAUAGGGAAGAGGAAGAACAUCUGAAGACACCAGGCAGUACAACCAGUGGGAAAGGACGAAGAGAACCAUUAAUGUACAAUUGUUCCAUUGAAACACUGGGACCCAUGAAGCAUCUGAAUUGGACAGCAGAAAAACAUGAUCAGGACGGUAUAAAACUGAAGUUUGAACCAAAUAAAACUGACAAAUGUUUUUUACAAGAGGAGGCCCUAAGUUCUUGCAUGCCUUAUCCAAGUGUCCAAAACUCAUGUAAUACAAACAAUAUGUCUACAUUCAGAAGUUCAUCCAGUUCUCAAGCUAUGAAUUCACCGCUAAGUGCCUACCCCAACCGAAUAAUCAGACCUUUCUAUAAUGGAGAUCAAAGUCAUUUAAACCCUCCAUCUAGUUGCCAUCCCCAUCAAGGUGGGAUGGAGAAUUGCCAGUCUUGUCCAGGCUUUCAGCAUCUUUCUGUGGGAAGCUAUGCUUCAGAAAAUGUCAAAUUGCAAAGUGCAUUGAUACCCCCAGAAACUCUAUACAAUCAAAUGUUACCUUUAGAUAUACCCAUCAAAAUGGAAAAUGAUUCAGAUUCUGAUAAUGGAAUCGAUGGCUACCCCAUUUCACAAAACCAGAUGUGGCUAGGGGAAAGCAGUAUGGUCAAGAGACAUCUUCUUAGUUUCCCUAACAGGGUGCAUUUUAAAACAGAACCAGAUUUCACUGAGCACUUAUCUCCUUGUGAAAAUCCCAAGCAUUAUGCUUAUCCUCCUCACCAUGGACAGUGUGUUGUGAGCACUCAUCCCAACAAUAGAGCCAUCAGUAGAUCCAGCAAAGAGAUCCCGCCAUUUUACUCACCAAACUGUGCCUAUCUGGAACGCAUGCAUGGCCUACAAGACACAGAAUACUACAACCACUUGUAUAGUCCCAGUUCAACAAAUAUGAAGGGACAUACGGAGCAUCAGCCUUAUAAGCUACAGUGUGAUUUUAAAGCUCCUGGAAUGGUCCAGAUGAUCAAGCGUGAACCUUUGGAUUCUCCUCCAUGGGCUGGUCAUGGCCAAAGUGGUGUUCAAGUGAUUUUUCCUAAGAAUGCCUUAUCAACCCUGAUGCCUCAUAAAGCUACAGAAUGCACAUUCUUACAAUAG